AUGAAUGAUUUUUCACACAGACAUUCCAUUAAAGCAGAUUCAUCAACUCUGCUCACUCCAGUCUCAGUGAAAACGGAAGAAAUGACUUCUCCUGGGUGCAUGAUAUCUCCAGAAAUCAGUGGCCUUGACAAUCAGUUUUUGGAUGCAGCAGAUGGCCUUGAGCUCCUCAGCGCCCUCUGUGAGAAAAGAUCUGCCGAGUCUGAAUCACCACAGAAAUCCAAGAUGACAGAAACAAAUCAAGCAAAAAGGAUCAAACUGCCGAGGAAGUUGUCAAAGCCCAUCACCAGCUUUCUGAAAAAGGAAUCAUUUGGUCAGUACUCCCCAACAGUCCGGUGUCAGCCAGGUACCUUAACUACUAUACUCUGCAUGCAUUUUAUCCAGUGUAUUUAUUGUAUCAUGCAUGCCCUGUUGUGAUUGUAGUACCUUUAGUACCUAUU